GUCAACCUAUCCUAGUCCUAGUAGAUACCAAGAUACUUGACAAAUCCUAAAGCUAUAGUGUAUACCUAGAUAUAAUGAGAUAUCUUGUUCUUCUCGUCCUAGUUAAUCAGAUCCAGGAUAUAUCCAACCUACAGUUUCCAGGGAGAACCAGGAGAGAAGAACCAACUACAGAAUUGAACAUCUCAGACUCAGUAGGAUUGGAUCCUGGAGGAGGCAACAUCGAACCCGAACCUAAAUCCUCCAAACUCGAUUCAGGUUUCGAAACCGUCGAGGCUCUACCCACCCCGUCCAAGCUUGUUUCAGGCUUUGAAGGCAUCGAAGCUCUGCCGACUCCAUCCAAACUACUUUCAGAUUUCGGAAACCAUUUUGAUUCAUCUGGAAGCUUCAGUCAAGAUUCAUAUGUGGAGCAAGGAUAUUAUUUAGAAUUACCAAAAGGCGGGAACCGAUUCGACGGGAAGUCUCAAGCUAACGAUGCCGCAAACAGAGCACAAGCUGCAGAACAGGCGCAACAUUCUGCAGCUGCUAAAGCAGCCCUAGAAGCUGCUCUCAAGCUGGCAGAAGAGGCCAAAACAGCUGCAAAAGAAGCUGAAUCUGUGGCAGCAGCUAAACAGUAUCAUGCGGCACAUCUAUCAAGCGCUGCACAGUCGGCUCAGGGAAGAGCAUUCUCAGAAGCAAGUUUCCUGGCUAAAGUUUCUAAAGUUCUACAGGCUGCUGAGGGCCAGGAGAAACAAGCUGCUCAACACGCUGAAACCUUAAAAGCAGCAGCUUACGCUGCUCAGGCUCUUGCAGAGCAAGCAGGAUAUGUAACUAUAGCUAUGAAGCAGCUGAGCAUUGUACAGAAACGAACAGCUCAGGAAUCUAGGGAAGCAGCAAAAAUGCUCUCAGCUAAACAGCAGGAAGCCCUGGAUGAGCUGACCCAUGCACAAGCCUCGUCUAAUAAAGCGCAUGCCGCGGCUUCAGCUGCUAUGGCGAACGUUCACAAGGACGGAAUUUACGGAGGAGCCGAGAAUUUAGAAUCAGUUUCUUACGACGACUUUAUGAAGAAAAAGAAGGUUUCUACAUUUGGAGAUUCCUACUCUAGCUCUGGUUUAACCUACUCCAGUAGCCUGCAGAGUAGUGGAGAAAAGUACCUGGAUAAAGGAGAAUCUGAAUCAUCUCAAUACUUCUCCGAUCCAACUUCUCUAGAACUGAAUAAAAAAUUCGAAUUUCAGAAUAGUUAUGGGUUACCUGGAUCAGAACCUGGUUUCAACUCAGAGAUAAAACCGGAAACACCAUCCUUCACAGGUUCCCAAGGUUUUGAGAACACUGUAUACACGGAACCUGACAAGAUAGCUCCAGGUUUAUCAAAUUCAUUCCAAGAUUUUGGAGGGUCAAGAUAUUCAGAAACUCCGGGUAUCAUUGAAUCAACUAAUGUGGAUCAAGGAAGCUUGAGCAAAUUCUCCAGUUCUCAACCAUACGUUUCUCUGGGCGGGAGCAGACGGUUUUCUGAUUCUCUGAACCCUGAUCCUAGCUCCGGGUCCCAGGACGGAGAAACGAUCCACGUUGGACCGGAGGAGUUUGCGUCAAUUACUGGAGGAAAAUUUACCUCAAACGAUGAUUUCGGUUUAAAACCUUCCAGUUUCUCCGGGUCCGAUUUAUCCGGUGUUGGUUUGAAGAAUGGGAUAAGCAUGGAAUCGAGUUUGGGUUCAAAUUUUAUGUCUCGCCUCGAGGGCGGGUUCAGAUAUUCGAGUAUUCCUGAGCCUAGUUUCUCUUCAAGUUUACCCUCGGACGGAGACGGAUAUCGGGUUGUGAACGAGUUUAGCUCCGGGGAUGAUUCUAAACUGUAUACUCCCAGUAGUUUCAGGAACAUAGAGAAUGCGGACGGAAACUCAACAUUGUUAGAAACAGAAGUAGAAGCAUCAAUAAGCGUGAAGGAGAACUCGACAAAAUCCAGGAAAACUUCCAUUAAAAGCGCACUCAAGACAUUGAAGACGACAAAACUCCCGCGUUUCAGGGACACACUUUUUGCAAAGCGGCCCAGGCCUUUUUUCUUCCGACAGCGGCUCCAGGAUGAAAACAAAAGUCCCACAGUAGAUUCGGAGACUGGAGAUAAGGAUGAGAGUACUUCUCGAGUCCUGGAGGAACCAAAAAAUACAUGAUUUAAACCUUAUUUGUCAUUUACAACUUCCAGUUUUAAUACAGUUAACCCCUAAAUAAGCCAUGCAUCGAAACAAUUCAUCAAAUGUCGUAUU